AUGUGGAGUGAUGCAGUCAGACUGACAGUGACAGCUCUGCCCACGGCCUCAGUGAAAGCCUCUCCACGCGGUCCCCUCUAUUCUGGAGAGACAGUCACUCUGCAGUGUGACAUAGACUACAGAGACUGGACGUACCACUGGCACAGAGACAACCAUCUGCUUCCCAUUCCGACCAGUAAAACCACCACCAUCUCUCUCCCUGACCAGGCUGGUCAGUACCAGUGUGAGGGGACAAGGACAAGGCGGCCCGAGAGGACAUAUCUCAGCUCAUCUCUCACCAUCGUUGUUGCUGCCCUGCCCAAAGCUACACUGACCAUAACACCAAACCCUGCAUACACUGGAGAGACAGUAGCUCUGACGUGUUCAGUGGGGUCUGACAGUGGCUGGAGGUAUACAUGGUACAAAGACAACACUAAGAAAGUAGUGACCUUGUCUGGCAGACACACAACAACAGGAGUCACCUUCACCAUAAAAAAAGCUGCUGAGUCUGACCAGGGUCUCUACUGGUGUCAGGGAGAGAUCCAGUCCAGAUCCAUAUCAUCAAUCAUCAGUGAUCCUGUCACUAUCACUGUGAAAGAGAGACCUGUGGCUGUUCUGACCCUCCAACCCAACUGGCCCCAGAUAUUCAGUGGAGAGACUGUCACACUCAGAUGUGACAUACAGGGGGGAGAAGAGAUUGAGUAUGUUUUUUAUAGCAGUGGGAAGUCAGUCUACACCAAAACAGAGCCUGAGUACAGAAUCAGUCCUGCAAAGAAUGGUCUAUAUACCUGUAAAGGUCUUCAGAAAACAAAUGGCUUAAAACACUCCCAGACAAGUAAUGCUAUACAAUUGACCGUGUUAGGUAAGUCUGUUUUUAUGGGAUUCCAAGAUAAAGACAGAAGGGAUGAGGUCAAAUAGCAGACAGUGGUUUCAAUGAUGAAACAAAACUAUAGUUUGUUUUAGGGGUGAGGUACAAUACAAUAAAAACAAAAUGGGUAAACAUUUUAAAGACUGAACAUUUGAUUUGUGUCAUU